UAGUGAUCAACGUAAACGUUUGAUAUGGAUUUUAUAAUAAAUUAUCAAUUAUAAAUAAAUUAACACUUAAACAAAACUUAAAAAUUGCAAUUUGGCUUCUUUGCUGAAGUUUUGAUAUUUAAUUUAAUAAAAAUGGAAAGUGAAGACAUAGAAAUCGAUCCAGAACUUGCAAAACGUUUGUUAGUUGAAGGAGGCACUUUAGUUCUUCUUGAUAUACCAACAGGAACUGAAAUUGGUAUGGACAUUAAAUCAUGGAACAGUGGUGAAAAUUUCAAGGGAAUAAAAAUGAUUCCUCCAGGAUUUCAUUUUAUUCAUUACAGCGCUAUAGAUGAAUAUGGGGAAUCAGCUCCAAGAAUUGGAUUUUUUCAUUUUUUUAAAAGAUCAGAGUUUGUUGUUAAGCGAUGGGAUCUAAAACUCGAAGAUCUUAGUCGUGAAUCUGCUCCUCCAGGAACUAUUGAAACUCUGAAGUGUAAUCUAAAGGAGCUGGAUAGAUUCUUAGGACCAUAUCCUUACGAUAUUUGGAAUAGUUGGAAAGAUCUUACAAAUAAAAUUGAUGUAUCUAUAGUAGAGAGAUGCAAACCUGAAUGUGGGUUUGUGCAAUCUGCAUUAGAGUUAGUCAAUUGUGACAAUGCAUCAAGACCAAAAGGUGGCGAAACAAGCAGAAAACGAAAAAGGGGAGCUGGUCUUACACUUGAAGAAAAAGAAAAAAAUUUAUUGCCAGAUUUAAAACCAAAAGCAGGCACUGAAUUAAGGUUGACUCCAUUACCUAAUAAAUUUUAUCCUGAUGAUGCUACACCAGCAGAUAUUACAAGACAUUCAUUGGAUACUAGUUAUGCAGUUGAUAUAUUAUUCUGUCAAUUAAAAGACCCUAUAGAAAUAAUUGGUGAAAUGCAGCUAGCAUUUGUAUGUUUCUUAGCUGGUCAAAGUUUAGAAGCAUUUGAACAUUGGAAAGGACUUGUGUCAUUGAUAUGUAAAGCAGAUUCAUUAAUAUCAAAGAGAAGAAAUGUAUUUUUUGAGUUCUUGAAAGUAUUAGAAGUUCAGCUAGCAUUCGUACCAGAAGAUGUACUUUGUGAUAUUGUAGCCAGUAAUAAUUUUGUUUAUCAUAAUUUGCGCAUAUUGUUUGCUAAUAUCGAAUUGAACUCGGAUAUUGACGAUCGUCUGAAAUCGUAUGCAAAUAGAAUGAAAGAGAGAUUGACUGCUAAGUUUUUGUGGGAUUUCAAAAAUUUGCAAGAAGAAGAAGACGACGAAGCGCCUGUGGUAGUCUCGUUACAAGACGACUAACAAGGAAUCAUAUCUUUUUAUGUGAAAAAAAUAAUACGUUCUGAAUAAAAUAUGGAAGAUACAUUUUCACCUUGUAUAAAAAAUGGUAAUUAUCUAAAAAUGUAAAAAAUAUUUAUGUGGAUUAUAAAACAAAAAAUGUUUCCGCCCGGGAUCGAAC